AUUCUGAUGAGGAGAAAAAGAGAAGAAACAAAGAAAUGGAAGAAACUGGAAAAUAUUCUCCAGCUGUCAACUCUAAAUUUUUUCAAAAACAACAACAAAUCAAAAACUCCCCAACAUUCUACCAACAAGCCCCUUUUUUAACCAUUGCUGAGAAUUUACUGAAACUGAUAAAAGAGGAUAAAGUAGAAAGAUUAAUCUUUUUGUCUGCUUAUGAUAAAAGGAAAUUUCCUAAUGAAGAUGGCGACAGUAGAAAAGGGCAAAUAUUUAGGAAGACAUUCGUAAUUGAUGAUAAUCCGAAUAUUUGUAAGAGUGUGGUUAAAUUUGUAGAACAAAAGAAAAUAACAUCAUGUUCCCAUUGCAGUUAUGAACAGUUAAAAAAGGAAUUUCCUACUAGUCCUGUUUGCCACAUAAUGAAAAUGAAAGUAAUUGCCCCUUAUUACCCAGCCACAGCCAAUCAGCACGAUGAAAGAGUAUUAUUAGUUAAAAAUGAGUAUUUAGCAGCGUUAAAAGAAGUCAAAGAGGCUUUUAAUGCUUUGGGAGAAAUACUUGCUGCUAAUAGUAUUCCAGAAUUUAAGGAUUUAGAUAAUAAAAAAGUUCAGGAAAAAAUAAUCGAGGAGUUAAAAGAAAAGAAUAACACGGUUGAUUAUUUUUUAAAGAACGAUGAUAAAAUAGAAGUUGGUUUUAAUAAUCAUCCCCAAGGAUUUAAAGCAGUAGUAGUUGAUACGGAGGCGUUGUUAAAUAAUUCUCCUCCUCAUGAAGUUUCAAGUAAGGAAAAGAAGGAGAAAAUUAAAAAAGAGGUUGUGACUUCCGACUCAAAAAAAAGUCAAGUGGUGGAUGAAACUACUUGCGACCGCUGUAAUAAAAAUAUAAAUGACUGUAAAUGUUUUAACGAAAAGGCAAAGAAAUCACCAGAAUUAUCAGAAACGAAAACGCCUGCGGAACAGGCUCAAGAAAAAGAAUUAGCCAAAAUUACCGGCAAAAUUAAUAAUACUCCUCAAAUGGGAAGUGAUGCCAGUGGCAACACUUAUUACUUGGCUAAUUUUACCGACCAAGAUUCAUUUACUUUCCCUAUUUACUUAUGGGAGAAGCCAACUUUGACCGAAAAACAAAAACAUCGCAAACAAUAUUGGAAUACUCUAAUUGAAAGUUUUAAGAAAUUAGUUCCAGAAACUUCCAUAACUAUUGAAGGAUAUUAUUGGCAUAAGAAUAAACAAUUAUCAUUUGAUUUAUUAG